AUGCUCGGUGCCGAUGAUCCACAAAGUGCGUUGAGCAGCGGCUUAGCACCCCUGUUCGACUGGAAGGCGCUGAGCCAACCGUGCCACCUGGAUUUCCAGCAGUUCUUGGACAGCCUCUGCAUCUCGCCUUUAGCCCCUCCAGCAGUCUUGGAGGUGGCUCGAAAAGCUGCAGCUUUUCCAUAUCCUCGGCACUGGUCCGAGGAGAUUGAUGCUGCUUCAGGUGCUCUCUACUUCUAUCACCAGUUGCGUGAUGAGUCAUCCUGGCAGCAUCCGCUGACGGAAACAUUCCAGGAGGUGCUGCAGCAGGUGAGCUCGUUCGUUGCCGACCAACUGGAGCUGGACCAGGUGGCAUGCCGAAUUGAAGCUAUCUUGACCGAGAUCCAGGCUCGAGCAGCUGCUGAACUGCAGCAGUGGGUCGGGCCUCUUGGGGAGCCGGGCUGUGAACAGUACUACUACAACAGUGUGACCGGCUGCAGCGUCUGGGAAGAUCCCUGCGAGCGCUGGAGAUAUGAUGUUCAUGUCCGGUACGACCUGCUCGUAGGUUUCCUCGUUACGCAGGAGCGCAGCUCCAGGGCAACCAAGGCGAUGCCGGACCUUACGCACACGCUUACCUCUCUGGCGUCCUCGGUCAGCUCGGUGAAUAGCAUCCUUGCAAGCUCACUGACAGCGCCAGCACACUACGUAGGAGAUCCUGGUGACCCAGAGGCCAGCGGUGCUCGCUGGGCUCGUCCGCGCCCUCGCCGACAAGGUUUGCCAUUGCCACCCAAAGCCACGGGGACAGCACCUCGAAAGGCUUUGUUCUCGAUGCCGCCGCACCAACAGCAGUAUACGUCGCAGGUGCUACAAUCGGAGCAGCCACUGUCGUGGCCAAGCGCAGUGUCACCUCCGCCUCCGCCGGUAGGAUCACCAACCCGAGGUGUCGGCCUAGGUUGA